AUGGCCGCAAUUGCUCAAAACCUACCCGUCACAACCGACGGCGUCGACAAUGCGAAAAAUGUCGACGGUGUCAUCAAUUCUGGGCACACGAAACCGGAAACGGUAAAUCCACCCAGCGUGAACCAGACCAAGCCCGAAAUGGAUGCCGAAAAUCUACCCAACGCAUCCGAUGGAACCAACCACGAUAAUGACCAAGCCAACGACAACCCCAACGACAACGCGGGCCGGGACGCUUCCAAUACCGAGAAUCCUCAAUCGCCAGAAGUCGGAACCUGGCGGAAACCCAAGCCACUGAAAUCAACCAGCGCUGGUCUGAAAAGGGCCAUCAAGGGCAAGAAACCACCGGGGGGGUUUGACGCAUCACCACUGCCGGACGCGCCUCAAGGCUACACCGUUCGAUUUACCUUUCGCUACGCUACCAACUUACCAGCCGCUGACUUGAGCACUGCAUCCUCUGACCCGUUUCUCACGGCCACGCUCACGGCGUCUAAUCCCAAGAGACAUAAGGAGGACCCCGACCUCGUCCACCGCACUCGCACCCUCAGGAAGACUACAGAGCCACAAUGGAACGAAGAGUGGGUUGUCGCAAACGUACCCCCGUCAGGCUUCACCCUCAAGUGCCGCCUCUACGACGAGGACUUCGCUGACCAUGACGAUCGCCUGGGAAACGUGACAAUUCACGAACCUCGGGUAUUUGAGCAAUGGGAAGGGAUUCCGCCGCCAGGCAGGGAGUACGCUGCCAAAAUCCGCGUCAUGAGCAAGCGGGCUCUUAUUGUCAAGGCAAUAGCGUGCUUCUUCCGUUCUGACGUUCAUCUCACCCCAAAACUUUGCGUCAGCAUUGAAGUCAUCGGUAAAUCAGAUCCACCGUUUGCACAAAUGUGUACCAUCGGGCCUACAAGGUGGACGAAACACUUCAGUCCCAUGAUUGGGAGGAUAGCGGGCACUAAAGUGAACGAGAAUGAGGAACACGAUCAGGACGGGGGACGAUCGAGCCAGGUCGACAACUCGGGCCAAAACGGUAAAGAGCGGAGCCAGAAAUAUGACUUCCAGGCAAAUGAAAUGCAAUUGCAGGGCCCCGUACCACCCGAAUUGUACCAUCGCUAUGUCGAGUUCAGGCCCAUCAUAGGUUCCAUGUUCUCAUCAAAAGGCAUCCGUGGCAAAAUCCUCAACAUGGCGCUGCACAAGCAACAUAACCGCGUGUACAACUACGACCAGACGACGGAAUGGGGCUCAUUCGAGCCGUGCUCCGAAGCAGCGACGCUUGCUUUUCUCAGACUCGCCCACUUUGACGAGGGCGGCCGAACCUUCACCUACGUACUCACGUUGGACGGGCUGUUCAAGUUUACCGAGACGGGGAAGGAGUUUGGGAUUGAUCUUUUGAGCAAGCACACCAUGCACUCCAACGUGCAGACGUAUAUUGCCUGCUCUGGGGAAUUUUUCAUCCGGCGACUCGAACGACCCGUUGCGUCGGAUGACCCCGAACCGGCGGAGAAGACGCAUCCAAGUAAUCACAUCCCCGGCGGCCCGCCCGAUGAAUCGCCACCCCCCAACCCGGCGUACUACCAGCUUUUCAUCGACAACGAUUCCGGGACCUACCGACCCGACAAGUCGAUUUUACCCAAACUCAAAGAAUUUUUUGAGAGGAACUUCCCCAACUUGGGCGUCGUCACCAUGCACUGGGAGGAAGAGGAGCUCCAGAAACUGAAGGAGGCUCAGCGCAGCGCCAAGAAACAGGAGGGCCGCAUGGUCAAUGUCGUCUUGAACAGGAGUCGGAGCAGCAUCAGCUCGGCAGAGAGCGAGCUGGAUGACCGCGACGAAACCUGGGAAUCGGGCAAGAAGAGCAAGCGAGAAGCUCUGCUGGCCGCAGUCGAGAACCCUCGCACGAUAAAAGACGCUCUGAAUGGGUCCAAGCCCGCUAACGAGGGCAAAGAGAGAGAGAGAGAGAGAGAGAGAGAAGGAGAAGGAGAAGGAGAGAGAGAAGGAGAAGGAGAGGGAGACGGCGUGGGAAGGUUUGGUGGUUUUUGGCGUCGCGACGUAUUUGCAAUAUUCAAAGUCUUGAGCAGUGUCUGCCAGCGAAUGGGUUUGGCCCCUUGGCCUAGUACUCUCUAUACUCGCACAUACUUCGAUACCAAUAUUUUUUUUUGCUGUAUGCCGGCUUCCGUCGUACGGUCCCUCGCCGGGCCCGGCGACAAAGUCAAUGCCAACAUCGCUUCCGCUUGCCUGCCAUGA